AUGGCGAAGGAUCCCGUCAGAGUGCUCGUCAUCGGCGCAGCAGGUAGCUUGACGCUCCCCUCUCCGGCGAUGGCGUCAGAGUCCGUCUCCUGGCUUCUGGGGCUUGAAAAUUAAUUCCUUUUCUGGCCCUUUGAUCAUAUGGUUGCUGUCUUUUGGUGCGAUGGACUAGGUCCAUUUAAUAUUUUUACGUUGAGCUUGUCUUCGUAGACUGAUGGCUCCUUCUACGAAUAAAAAUAAUACCGAGAUGUAAAAGGCAUUUGAGGUUUCAUUUACGGGGAAAAAUAAUACACAGAUAGGGGAUGUAUUUUUACCGGUGUUUAUUAAAUUGUUUUUAUAUCUAGUGUAGUGGAUCUGUCGUUAUUCCUCGGAUCUUUGAGUGCAGGUGUUGUUCCAUUUUUCUGACGCAGUUAUUUCGAUGAUGUUUGGGAUGCGUGGGGUGAGUUCGCAUGAGUUGAGAGACAACGAGGGAGAGAGAGAGAAUUAUGAGGGACCAGACUCGUUACUGUAGGUGGAGUUCUGCACUUUCCAUUAGUUUUACAUUUCUAAAUGAACCGGUUCAGUGUGGAUGUAUCACUCGAAAACCGGGUAGUUUUGUUGUAAUUCUGGACUGGGACUGUGGUGGAUUCAUCAGUUUCUUUGUUCAUUUGAUGCAAAACAGAGCACGUUAUACGGACCUAUUUGUUUACUUGUAUUCAUCUUCAUGCUCGUUUCUUUUAUAAGACUUUUGGCUUCGAUAUUUUCUCUGUAGGUCAAAUUGGAUAUGCUCUCGUGCUCAUGAUUGCUAUGGGAGUGAUGCUGGGAGCAGACAAGCCUAUAAUUUUGCACAUGCUUGAUAUUCCACCCGCAGCUGAAGCCCUCAAUGGGGUGAAAAUGGAGUUGAUUGAUGCCGCCUUUCCUCUUCUUAAAGGUAUGGCUGCUUGUUGCCACAGGCGAUGUUGCUGAAGCCUGCUCUGGCGUCAGCAUAGCAGCUAUGAUUGGUGGAUUCCCAAGGAAGGAAGGAAUGGAGAGAAAAGAUGUCAUGUCAAAAAAUGUCUCCAUAUACAAGUCUCAGGCCUCAGCCCUCGAGCAGUAUGCAGCUGCAAACUGUAAGGUAUAUUACGCUCAUUAGCUUAAGGCAAGUACGGGAAUGCAUCUAUGUACAAGCAAAGGGACAUUGAAGUUCAAAAGAGAAAUGAACUGCAUCGUUUGGACAUUAUGUCGAAAGAAUGAACGCUGCGAUGAUUUCAAUCUGCAUGCUUGUUUUUUCUGUCAUUGAGUACAGCAUCUGGACCAUCUAGCCAUUUUUAAAGGACUUUUUUUUUUUGAAAUACCCAGGUUCUUGUUGUUGCCAACCCUACAAACACCAGUGGCUUAAUCCUGAAAGAAUUUGCUCCGUCCAUCCCUGAGAAAAUAUAACCUGCAAUUGUUCAACGGCGUGGUUCUGCAAUUAUCAAAGCUCGGAAACUUUCCAGUGCAUUAUCUGCUGCUAGUGCUGCAUGUGACCACAUACAUGAUUGGGUGCUUGGGACCCCAGAGGUUGCUACUAUUUCAUUUUCAGGGAGCUCAGUAGUCUCUGUUUAGAAUAUUCCUGAUUGCCUAUACCCUUUUUUUAGGGCACAGGGGUUUCCAUGGGUAUUUACUCCAAUGGAUCAUACAAUGUGCCGCCUGGGCUUCUCUAUUCUUUCCCAGUGACUUGCCGGAAUGGUGAUUGGUCCAUCGUACAAGGUGUGUGCAUAUUUCCGGAUUUUUCUAUCGGAACUAGAUUUCAACUGGGUAUCAGGAGCUGCUUCACAAAUGUUCUGAAUACUCUUAUCAGUAAAUUUUACGAUGAAGCGGUGUCUCUUCUAUUUACAGCCAAGUGAAACACUCCAUGGUCAUACUGUGAGCUACCCACAGACGAGCCAAUCAGCCCCGCCCCAUGGGUUGAAAAUUUGCCUAAGAAGUAAUACUAAACCUUCUUAUCUAAUAAUCCGUUAGGUCGAAGGCAUCAGCUAACUUGAAAAUAGUCUUCCAGGGCUGUAUAUUGAGGCGUGUGCCUGUGUGAAUAUAUAUUAGAGAUAUUUCAUAUGCAUCGGGUCCCACAGAAAAGGACCUUAGUGCUUCUUUCAUGUCUGGGUGUAUUUAUGGUAUCCAUUUAUCUUCUAGGCAUAGAAUUUCUGUCUCCAUUGUACACCGCUGCAGAUCCUAGCGGGGAGGAAAGUGAAUCAGACUGAGAGAAGGUAUUUUUCCCAUUCAGGACUGCCAAUUGACGAGUUCUCUCGGAAGAAGAUGGAUGCAACUGCCCAGGAGCUGACCGAGGAGAAGACCUUGGCAUACUCAUGCCUCUCUUGA